UCAGAGGCGAGAGAGAAAAAUCUAGAAAGAGAACCACCGCCUCUGCUCUUCUCAAAUUCCAGCGAGUCCACUGGCGUUCUUCAUCUUUCCUCUUCAGUCUUUAACGUUGCCGGCUAGGUGUGUUAUAGAGUGCUGUCUGCCGAUGCUGCCAUGAGUUUCCUCUUUCCCUGUGCUGCACCGUUUUCCCUUCGCUCUCGUUGUGCGGUGUCAACCUUCCUCCUUAUUCAGCUGACAGCCAUCGGUGAUUGUGUCAGAGUCAUGUUCGUGCGACCUCCUCCUUCCUCCUCUGUCCGAGCAGCGGCCUCGAUGCGUUGGAAAUCUUCCUCCCCUGUUCUGUCUGCAGCUGAAGCAUCCUUCAGCAAUCUCUCCCUCAGCCGCAACUUCCUUUUCGGUCCUUAUUCUUUGUUCUGUGUCAACGGUGGUCUUUGGGUGUGUGUUCGUUGCUGUAGGAGGUUCGAACUGUGGUCGUCUCUUCCCCUGCACCACCAUCGCUCUUCCUCUGCCUCUGUCAUUGGGACUUUCAUCAUCACUUUCUCUUGUUUCAACUAUGCCAAGAGGGAGAGGCCGAAGAAGAAUAUAACGGGGUAGGGGGAGUGGCAUUAGUGACAAAGUUGAAACAAAUUCCACCACAUUACAAAAUGAAGAUCCUUUAAAAGUUGUCGACUCAAACACUAGAUGUGUUCUAUACCUACGCAUAUCUAGAAAUGGGGAUUUGUAUGUUGAUGUUGAUUUAAAAGUUUUGUAAGUUUUUUUUCUUUUAAUUUAAACACAUUUGUCUUUACAUGUUGGUUCACCUCACAUUGUGCAAUUCGUGAUAUUACUAAAAUAAUCAAAAAAUCAUUUGUUGGCUCAUGGCCUACUUGGACUUCAAUCCCGUCUCACAUUAGAGACAAAUGGUUUGAAUAAUUAAAUGUAUGUUAUGAUAUAUUUUUGUUGUUCUUAAAUUUGUAGAUUCAAUGAUUGGAAAAAUUUGGAAAGCUUUGGUUUUGUUAAUUUGAUUGUUAUUAUAGAGAUUAUAUCAUUAGAAAGAAAAUGACAAAUAUAUAAUUAGAGGCACCUUUAAAGUGGUGGGC